AUGAGCGACAACACACCCUCCCCGACUUCCGGUCCCGCUACAAAACCGUCAAUAUCACCGCCCUCAACCGCAGGCACGAAACGGAAGAGAGGCGCUGCUGGGAAAUACUACGCUGUGAAGGUUGGCUACCAGCCAGGUGUUUACUAUGAGUGGAAGGACUGUCUGGCCCAGGUGACGGGGUUCAAAGGCGCCGUUUUCCAGGGCUUUCCAACCAUCGAAGAGGCGAAUGCUUUUCUCACCGGUGCGAAACUUCCGUCGCGAGGCGCGUCGCCGCUCGGCCCGGAACCCACAAGAUUCUACGCGAUUCAACGAGGCCAUAGACCCGGGGUUUACACCAACUGGGCCCAUGCGCAGGAGCAGAUCAAGGGAUUUCAGAAACCUCGCUAUAAGAAGUUCGCGACGAGAGAGGAGGCGGAGGAGUUCGUAAAACUCGGCGGGCAGGCGGUCCAAUUUGGGACGACAGAAACCACAUUGUCAGGAGUUCCUGGAUUGACGAGCACAAACCCGAAAGACCAACAAGGUGCUAUAGUUGGGCCUGGCGAGGGUCCUUUACCGCCUGGCGCGGAGGAUGGGUUUGACCCGAAUGUUCUUCUCGAUCCGAAGACUGGCAAGGUUGUCUACAAGACGGAUGGCCAGAAGGCCGCUACAAAGACACAACCCAAGGGACCCCCGGGAAUGCUGCGGAUCUACACUGAUGGGAGUUCGCUGAAGAAUGGAAAAACACAGGCUGCGGCCGGCGUCGGGGUGUACUUCGGGCCCGGCGACUCUCGCAGAAACGUCUCCGAACCGCUUAAAGGCAGCCGUCAAACGAAUCAACGCGCCGAGUUAACAGCCAUCUUGCGCGGCCUCGACAUCGCCCCGCGACAUCGAGACGUGACGGUGGUCACUGACAGCCAGUAUGCGAUUAACUGUGUGACGGUAUGGUUUCAAAAGUGGAGGUCCAACGACUGGUUGACGGCGGACAAGAAACCGGUGGAAAACAAGGACCUUGUGGAAGCAAUCUUGGGUAAGAUCGAGGAGCGUACGGAGCUCCGGGUCAAGACUCUAUUCGAAUGGGUGAAAGGACAUGCUACGGAUCCUGGGAAUCAGGCGGCGGACCGUCUUGCGGUGAAUGGAGCGCACCAGGGAGCAUCGAGUCAGUCUCGUGGAAAUGUCAAUGGCAAGCAGGAUGAGCAAUUGUAG